AUGCAAUUUUGGAGUCCAAGGCAAUCAAGAAGGAGCCCUAGAAAUCAUCCAUAUCAUAAGAGCCUUCAAUCACCAACAGUAAUAUCUCCAUCCCAAGUAAUUCCAUCUUGUAGUACUGCUAACACUAGCAGACGCAAUAUUCUUGGCGACGAGCAAAAAGAAGACUACACCACUUGGGUCUACUGGACGUCUCCAGAAGCAGAGAGACACUUUGGUCUAGCAAGACCUCCGCAUGAGCAAGACAAAGAAGAUAUUACUGCAAUUGUUUUUAGAAGGAUUGGAAAGUUUAGGGCCGCAUGGGAAGAUGCUCGAGCAUGGAGAAAGGUUGUCGAGGACCUUGAUUCACAAGACUUGUACACUGAGACUGAUGUAUUCCACCUCAGACACAGGUGCCAAUAUUUGGCUAGAGCUUUAGAGAUCGCUAUUCGAGAUAUGAAUAAAAUAAAUAUGUGCUGGAAGAAGUGUUGCAAGGAGGCAAUGGAUGAACUCAACAACUGUGAUAAAUGGAAGUACAUCAAGGAUCCGCAAAGCAUCAUUUAUUGGCACUGCCAAUUUAGAACGAACAAUGAGUGCUUCAAAAACAAGCAUCUAGCAAGUAUUAGUGAAGAUAAGUCCAGAGUCUCUAAGCUCUUUGAUCUUUUCCCCGAGGCAAAGGAUUUGUUACAAGGAUUCAUCCGAGCAAACUUGCAUGGCUUGUCUACUGAAAAAGUCUACUGUGAAUUGCAUGACAAUACCAUUCCAUUGAUUGCCCAUGUACGGAAGACAGAGCUUCUCAAGCUAGGAGACCUGGAGCCAAAUGAGGAGUAA